AUGGGUGAACCAAAGAGAACAGUGGAUAAAACCGUUUCGAGUUCAGAUAGUAAUUCUGGAGCAUGUGGUACCGAAACACUUCCAUCUUCCAAAGAAUCAAGUAAUACUAAUAAAGAGUUGAGUGAUUUCCCUGAUCUAACUGAUUUUGUUAAUCAAAGGACCGAAAAUGAUCUGGAUGAAUUAUUUUCUAGUCGAUAUACAAUGGCAAAUAAAUUGUAUGUAGAAGUUGCAAAUGGUUUUCCUGAUCCGGUCAUUGUUUGUCCAUGGAGCAAAAGACCGAAAAGGAAUUUCGAUUAUACCGGUGGUCAGCGAAGAUCCUGGAGAGAAGAUCGUGGACGAAAUGUUAACUCAGAAUGGCGAAGUGGUUGGAGGAAUCCGAAUUACGAUCCUUAUGUUGCACACGGAUCAUGGAAGAGACGUAACGCAGAUGCGGACCAUGUUCGUGUUUCUUAUCCAGGCAGAACAAAUUCCUAA